GGAAGGCAUUGCAUGCAGGACUGUACUACCGACCGUAAUUUUACAACUAGACAACAGUACGAAAGACAUCAUUCUGGAGAUGCAAGAGCUAAAUAGAGCCAACGUCAACGACAAGCUAAACUUGAACUGGUAGACUGCGGAGAGGAGUAUACUCCAUGAUUCCAAGGUCCGUAGCCAGUCUUGAACAGUUCAAGCAGAGGCAAGCUCGCUGAUGUGAACAGGCGACAGAGCUCGAGUUGUGCGUAACGUUUCGCCGAUCAGGUGGGUAGCUUGACCUGUUUGGACAGUGGAGAUGUUUACGUGGUCUGCACCAUGUGCGGUAUACCGGUAGUAUCCCGCUGAACUGCAACGCCAAGUCUUGUCUUUACUUGCGUAUUGUACUGUAGCUGUACCGCAUACCGUCAGUCGUCACAGACGCUUCUUGCAGCAUGAUAGAUUUAGCGCAUAACGACAGGGAUUUACGCAAGCAGCGCAGGCUAGGCUGGGUAGGGUAGGAGUGGGGAAGGACGGUAGGUCUACACCUGGUACAAAGCAGCAGUAACAGAACGAUACACGUAACCCGUUCCUUUGUGGGUGCGUAACCCGUUCCUAAAAUAGUUGCGACCGAACUGGAAAGUUAUCAUAGGGUCAAGGCCGCGUCGAGUCCGUAGUGACUGGCAGAUCAACUACAACUACAAGUACAAGUAGCUGCUCGAAUGGAUGCAAACACGGGACGACGUCUAUCUCCGGCACCAGCUGCAACUCGACUGCCUGCAAUCAGUACAGCGACAGGACACGGCCACAGCCGACAACCAGGGAAGCGUUUCUCACAGAGCAGUUCCGCGGUUGUGCCAAGUGGUGAAGGUGUGAGCAACCAUCGUCAGUCGCCGUAUGGCCUCAGCUAUUCGACGGACCCGGCGCAGCAGACAGCCGGAGAGGUCGUCAGUCUGAGCUCUCGGCGUGCACACGAUGCACGGACGGCAGCUGGCCAGUCUUCAAUGCCGAUCAGCGGUGCUUCCGGCAGCGGCAAGGCGGAUAUCCAGAUACAGUUGGUCAGUGGUAGUGGUGGCGGCGAAGGAGGACACGUUGUCGUCAUGGCGGACGAUUCCGGCAAAGCUGCGGCCACACGCAUGCAAGCCAGGCUGAUGGCAGAUAGGAUGGCCCAUCAAGAAUCUAUGCUCAAGCGUUUACUGGAGAGAGGGUAUCGGAUACAGCAGGAUCUGGAGAAGAGCCAUGAGGAAAUGAAGGACGGGUUUCGCUUCGGUAAGAAGCAGCGCGAUUCCCUCUACGAGCACGUUCGCACAACGUCGGAGUUACUGACCUACAUGGUGCAGCAGUCUGAUGAUUUCCGGAAACACCUCAAAAGCCUGGAGGAGCGCAUGUGCGAUCAUGGUGACUCCAUUCGACAGCUGGACAAGAAUGUCCACAUCCUGGCACUGGAGACACGGCGCAGGGCUGAGCUCAUCGAAAUGGAUGUUGAACGACUAAUAAAGGACCAGGCCGCAGCAGGAGAGGCGGUGUUCAACAACCGGGAGAAUGCAAAGAAGGACAAGCAGAUAGUGGAGACGGCACUGUCUUUCUUGCAGGAGAGGCUCAAAGCUGUCGAUAAAGGCUUACAGAGUGCAGAGGAACAGCUCGAGGAAGGCUUGCGUCGCCAGCAAACAUGUGUUGAGCGUGUCUUGACAACGACAGAUGAAAAAUGUAGAUCUCUGUCCGCAGAUAUGCAGUCAGCACUGAUGGAGACGCAGAAUUUUAACAUUGUGGAGCGUGAUCGGCUACGUGAGAAGGUGAUUGCACAACUUGAGGACCACGAGGCAAAGCUGCAGCAGCGCAUGAAGACCAUGGAGACGACCGUGCAUGAUGUGUUUGAGCGCUUCCAGAGUCAGAUGCAUGCCGAGUUUGCAGCGACACGUGACUUCCGCGACACCCUGCAGCACCAGCUUGAUGGCCACAAGCACUGGCAGGAAACGACUCUGAAGGAGUACGAAAAGAACUGCGCCAGCACGUUAGAACAGGCGCAGCGCAGCCUUGAGUCAAUGCGCGGUAUGCUUAACGCCCGGGAGGCUGUGCUGCGCGAGGAGCUGAGGAGAGAGUGGGACGCCAUCGCAAAGAGCUUGAUGGUGGUGUAGACUUGAAGCUGCAUUACGCCCUAGAAUAACCCGAGGUUGAUUUUUCCUUAUCAAGCUGGCCUUGCAACAAUCGCCCGCACAAGUAUAUCUCGCAUGGUCACCUGGCAUUGGUCCUGUUAAUCUUGGCGGAGGGAAGUUGAUGGUUAUCAACUCUAUCCGCAGUUGGUGAUUGGUGACACAUGGGUCAUCUGUAACACUCACAAGUCAGCGCUAUCUUCAAUUAUAGCCGAAGGACGCCAGUUUAGCAAGAGGAUUCGUUUCAUCUGCAUUACACUGUGAUACUUGAUCGGUUUCUCAGCCACGGUGCCACUUGUCUGACACCCUGCCGGAGUGCUAGCUCUGUAGCCAAGGAUGCCCCAGUGUGCUGCCUCUCGACCUGACCCGCCACUGGCCAUGUGCUGAGUACGCAGUUGCAACAUCGCCAUAUGAUCAUGUAUGCGAUGGAACCUCCAGUCCUACUGCGCCAUGGCUUCAAUGGAGCUGAACGACUGCCGUGCUUAUUCGGAGCAUUCCUGGCUUAUCAGCUUCUACAUCCACCUUCACUGCACAAGUACUGGUGACAAUUGAUUUACGAGAAGAUUAUCUCUGCCUGCCUCACGCCCUCUCUCUAUCAGUGUGCACUCGGUGUGCGGUGAAUUCCGAUACAUUGUGUGCCGUGACCAUGCAGUAUGGCGGCAUUCGAUCAUUUAACUUCAACAAACACAACCGGUCAGGGGAGGAAUGGAAAUAGAUUCAUUGGGACCAUUCCUGCUUUAUAAUAGUUACAUACCCAGUUUUUUUAAGUCUUGAGGUUUAAUAAUUAUUAUUCUAUUUAUUUUUUUAUAAGAUCCCGAAUACCAGUGUAACAGUGUUUCCAGUGCAGUGAAUGGAUAUGUCCGCUUUUGUCAAAUAUUUGAAGCUUGUGAUUGUUUGUUUCUCACUGGAUGAUAGUGUCCCAAGGACAUUGAUAAAAUACUUCGCCUUCAAGGUGUAAGCUGGUAUGGCAAAUAGAGCCCGUCUGGCAUCUCUUCA